CAUAUAUAUGAAGAAUUCGUCGGUUGUCUAUAUUUAAAUAUUACACUUUGACUAAGCUAGAUAGAUCUAUAAAAGGAAAAAUCUCAUGAAUAAAACAUAGCAAUUGGCAACAGAACUGAAAAACACAGAACAUCUUUAUACAACUCUUCUUGUGACUACGACCAGAAAAUGAAUAUUCGAGUCAAAGAACGGUUCAUUCAAGAUUUAGAGGAUUUCCCUAAUACAUUUAAUAUUGGAACCUGUAAAUUAGAGUGUGAUGAUGAAGGCGUAAUACUUUCAGAACCAACAUUUUAUUCUGAUGUUUGGCAAUUUUUGCAGAGGAAAUUAGAGCAGGAAAAUUUACAUCCCGAUGAACACAUUUUCCCAGAAAAAUGGAAAUUUAAUCUUUUAACUAGAGUGUACUUUGAACAAGGGAAAUUCGACCAAGCCAAAGAAAUGAACGAUAUAGUCCUUGCAAUGAAUGGACAAAAAGAUGUCGUUGCUUUGGCAAAUGCAGUUGUUUUGCUUCGACAUUUAAACAAAAGGGACGAAGCUGAUGAGAAGUUUUUGGAACUCAAGAAAGUAGUAGAUGACAAUAAACUUCGAAAGAUUGAUGCUAUUUUGGAGCAAGCAUAUUACUAUUAUAAGCUUGGUGCGCCCAAUUCUUAUGAUGGAAUUCAAAUUAUGGAAUUUGUAAUAGCGAUUCGUAAAAGUGAGAACUUUGUAGAUUAUGAAAACUAUUUGAUGCUCAGGCUGUUUAGGCGUCUAGCCAAUCCUAGAAACAGUUUUAAAGAAAAAACAGACGGGGCUAAAAUUCUUAAAAUUUUUGAUGAAAUCGAAACUAAAAGCAGCAAUAUUGUUCUAAAGGCAUUAGCGUACAUGGAAAUAGAACGAAUCAUGUCUGAAAACUCUGUUAUGGAGGAAUUAUUUGAAAAGACAAAAAAAUUGCAAACCAAAGACAAGAUUAUUAAAAAGGUUGAAAGUUUAGUGAAGAACUGUCACGGAAACAAGGAAAGAGCUUUAAUUUAUUUACAGCUUGGUAUUAGGUCAUUGAAAAACAACAAAAACGAAGAAUGUAAGGCAUUUUUUGAGCUCUCAUUUUCCGAAUACCAGACAGAACGUGCAAGUUUUUACCUAGCUCACAUGUAUUUACAAGAAGCUGUGAGUUUGAAAAAAGAUGAAGAGAACACAGGGACCCGAGAUGAAGUGUAUGCUUCCGACAUGCUUAAACAGUACUUACUUAGAUAUGCAAAGUUUCUGGACUGGACCGAAGAACCAUUGGUUAAGGAAAAAAUUCAUCAAUCGCUGAAUAUGUUCAAAAUUCAACAUGAACUAUUAAAGGUGAAGUCAUUAAGAAAUGCCUACCAUCUGGCUUUGUUGUAUGCUAAAUGUAAAAUGUAUGCUGAAGCAAUUCACUUUAUCGAUAGUGAGAUUUUACUACCAAAUCUAGACAGAAAUAAUUUGGUAGUUAUACAUGUCUAUGUUCUGAAAGCCAUUGCAUUAGAAACACAAAACAUUGAUUCACUAAUAAGUCCAAUGAGCAAAGAUUGCAUGAAAGAGGCUUUACGUUUAAGUUAUAAAGAAGCUGACGUGAGCAAUCUUGCAGAUUACGAUCUCUUAGUUUUGUUCCAGAAAAUACCUGUCUAUAAAGUUUCCAAAAUUCAGACACUUCAGGGAGCAACUAAAAGUGAAAGAAUUAAAAACUUUUUGAGCCAUUUUGAGCCUUUUACCGAAGCAAACUCACAAAAAAAUUUUAACAGGGAUUUUCAGGAGAUAUGUUGUAUCAGGUCAGCAAUUUUCUUAAUCAAACAAAAGAAUUACACUGAAGCUAUUGCUGAAUGUGACAAAAUAAUUAAAGAUCUUGUACAGAACAACGUUUUUAGCCAAAUUCAGACUCUCAUUCUAAAAGCUAAAGCCUUAGAGUCUAAUAACCCUGAAAAAGAAAUAAAAAUUGAGAGCAGAGUUCUUAUUCAAAGGGCUCUAAGCCUAGAAAAAAAUGUUGGUGACUCGCAAUGUCUAAAAAAUGAAAAAAAAAUUCAAUCAGCUCUGAAAAAGACUCCUCUGAAAUAUACAUACUUUUUUAUGAAUAUCAAUUAAGCAAAUACACGAAAUGAGACGGGCAUAAUACCUGGCUUCAUUAUCAGGUAAUGGUGACAGUAGUGUAGCAAGGUACUUGAUGUCACGAGUCGAGUCUGUGACCUAUUUCGACCAGUUUCUAGAAGCGAGGUCAAACCAGUGCUAGUGUCCAGCGUAAACAAGUUAAUUUUAGGUAUCCAAUCAAAGAAAGAGGUUAAGGGAAAAAAAUAGCACACGUCAGCUUCUAGAAGGUCAAAGUUACUAAAAUAAUUAUCCGAGAAGUUUCCAUGAUUCUAGAACAUCCGAUUAAAAAAAGUAUAAAUUAGGGGAAAGUCAGUUAGACGGGUCCUCGCAUAGUAGUGGUUCUUGUAGAGUGAUGGUCCUCGCUUAGUCCUCGAUUAGUAAUGGUUUGAUAGAGUUAUAAGUUUUGUGAUAUUAGCGGGUCCAUUAAUUAAAGUUUUAUUAGUUGAAGUAAUAUUAUUAGUUGAAGUUGAAUGUUAUACUAAGUGAAGUUUCUUGUGUCUUUAAGUUUUAUUUAAGAAGUAUCAAGUCAAGUUGUUAUUAAAUUGAGAAGUUAAUUUGAUGUGAAAGUUGAAGAAGUAUUAUUAAAGAAGUUUUAAGAAAAUACAGAGAGAUGUUUCUUUCUUCACUUUAUUGAGUUAUCAAGUUUGAUAAUAUAAUCCCCGGCAAGUGUUUUUCGUCACACUUGAGACCCGGGAUAAGAAGUAUGAUUUGAGCGCUUCCCUCUUUCAUCUCUUACAUACGUCAUAGUAAUGUCAAAAACCAAAUCGAGUAUUUCUUUAAAUUUCCAUACAUUUAAUUUUUGCUAAGGUUCUACGUUUACUGUUAUUAGUGCCAUUUCACUCAAUUCAGUUACGACUUCAAGUAAUUAGUCUGUGAUAUAGAUUGGAUAAAUUUGAACUCUUGCAGUGAAUCAUUUUUAUUAUAUUUUUUCACGGGAUUCCAUUUGCUCGGUGAGCCCCUUCAUGCCAUGAUAUCUGCGCCAUUGACUUUGGAUGUACCGUAAUAUUUAUGUGUAUACAAUAUGAAUUGAAAUUUCUUCUAUAGAGAUUAUUUUUUUAACUAUUAAAUUGUGGGGUAUUUUUAUUAAUUUUUUUUUUUUACACUGAAAUUUGUUUUUAAAUGAAACUGGUCUUUUAGUGUUAUAUAUUGUAGACAUCUAUUCAAAAUUAGUUUAAAUACAUUUUUCAAAAGAUUAAUACAUGUUAUUGCCUUGUAUGCAAAUUUCUGUACCAAUUGUGUAAGUAAAAUUUCUUACCUAAGAUUAUAAAUUAUAGUUAGCUUUGCCAUUUUAUUAUUCCUUGAUAUCAAAAUUAUGUUAAUAUAAUUCUUCAAUAUUAUUUGUUACAAAUUCA